AUGAGUUCAUCUAGCAAAAGUUUCUUAAGCAGUGGAGAUGCAAGAUUAACUUCACCAAACAAGGCGACGAGUUUGAAUCCGAAUGCUGCAGAGUUUGUGCCUUCUGCUCUUAGAUCUCUGCCUGCAAACAACAGGAAUGUUGACGUGGCAAGAAUGGAGGUCCCUGGAACCUCUAGGAAAACAGUCUUGCAUCGAUCCAUGUCCAAUGUUUCAAAUCACUCUGAUGAUGAAGCGUACCAGUUCUGGCACUGCCAAUUACCUGAUGAUAUCACCCCUGAUUUCAAUGUCAUGGGCGAAGAGGACUUCCAAGCACGUUCUGACCUUUCACAUGCAGGUUUGUCCAUUAAUGAUGGGGUUAAACCACCUAUAUUUUCUAUGACCAAUGACAGCCAUAUUUUGGGCAAGCAGCUGGAAAUCUCACCUCAAGGCAGUGAGCAGAAAAGUUUAAAGGAAAAAACGGAUUAUGCUGGUCGUCCUGCUAUUGAAGAUUAUUCGUCAACUCCCCUCUUGCAUUCAAGAACCAAUAACUUGGAUAAGCAGUUCAUGAAUGAUAGUUGGCAUCUUACUAACUGUAGGGAUGGGGGCCAGUAUAGUGGGGAUCCAGGUGCAGGUUUUCUAAAGGGUCUGUUAAAUGAGCAUGGUGCAUCUGAGAACAUGACGGUAGAACAUGUGGAGUUCUUGUCAUCACAGUUCCCUGAUUUUGCAUUGGAGAGCCUUGCAGAAGUGUAUUAUGCAAAUGGAUGUGACUUGAACUCUACUAUUGAGAUGCUAAGUCAACUGGAGGUGUGUUUCUUGUGCCUUUCUGAACUUUGAAUUAUCAAUCUGGCAACAUAAUGAUAUAUUAAUUCCUUAGUGGGAUCCUGAACUUUAAUGAUCUUGGACUUUGUGAUGCUACCUCACUUUUUGGGGUUCUGUACGUUAUGACUUUACCUGAGGUUUGAUCAACUAAUUUCCUAUAUCUUUACCUUUGGGUUUCAUGUUAAGAACAGCAACCAAGGACACUGCUCGUUUGUGUCGUUUAUGUAAAGCAGGUUAUGCUAUUUAAACUCUAAACUUCUGUGUACAUGUAAGUUGUUAUAUUUGUAAUCAGUUUUCCGUAUAUUUAUAGAUAGAAGAACAUUGUAUAUCGUACUCUUGACAUUGUAUAUUGUAUAUUUAUGUGUAAUAUGUACUUACACAAGACUCACAAAGGAAUGUGAGGUCUCUGAUUAGUGGAAAUCAUUUAAAAUUCAGAAGAAAACUGAGAUGAUUAGUUACUUGUUUGCGACAAAAGGAGAUAAUAAGGAUCGAUAUUAUAUAUAUAUGAUAUUUUUUCUCUCACUUUUCUGUCUGGUGCAUCGUUAGAUACAUCUAUUAAAAGAUUAUAUAGUUUGUACAACUGGUGCCUCCUUGUUUUUAUUAAAAUGGCAAGAUGUUAGCAUUGUUGUCAAAAAAACUUUGCAUUAUACAAAAAUGGGUUUCGUGAAACCCAAAAUCCCCUUAAAAACUUGGUCGUCCUGUGACAAGUUUCCUUUCAUUCUGCUCUGCUUCCUGGCAAUGGCUUUACGUACUGUGAUUACAUAGGCAUUAUUAUGUACAUAGCUGCAUAUUUUAAUUUCUGAAUUUGGACCCGUCCCACACCCUUUCUAGAUAUGCAACGUAACUUUAGAGGGUACAGUGCCAAUUGUUGAAGUCAAAGUCAUUGACUUUUCCUUUCUGCUGCAUAGAUCUGUGUUAUCUACCUGCUCAUAUCCAAAUUAGUGCUUUUUCAGAUAAUUGAUUGGUCUGUGGCUGCAGCUCAAAGUUGAUGUUGGUUUCAGCCCGAACAUGGGCUCAAAGGCGUCAUCUGCUCCAAGCCUAAAUGAUCUUAACAUACAUUCAGUACCAGACAAUGUGAAUAGGUUGCCAAAGCAUGGUGGCAAAGAGCUCCAGCAAGCUAAAGAUGCGUUUCGGUUUGUGGACAAGGAGGGCUUCUCCUUGUUUAAGUCCCCCUUCUCUGGUGAACCUCUGGGUACUCGAGAUUUCGUUCCAAGCUUCCAUAAAACUCGAUCUCAGGAUUCUGAGGAUUGGAAGUAUGAACGGGAUGGUUCUACGGAUGCAAGAAUCAGCCUGAUCAGAAAUUCACAAAUCUUAACGAGCUCAUAUAACGUCCCUGGGAAGGCUGUCAUUGGAGACAAGUUGGGUGGUUAUGGAAAAACCUCAGUUGCUCCACAAUGGCAUGAAACUGGAGAUGUAGUGGGUAAUAUCUUCAUCUACAUCCUUCAAAAUUUUCUGCAUUUAGUGACGCAUUUGUCUGGACCGCCCUCUCCUUUGUUGCCUUUUGUCUUAUAACCUUGUCUUCUCAGCUCAAAUGUAUUCGGAUAUGAGAGAGGAAGCCCAGGAUAUUGCUCGCCUUAGGAAUGCUUUCUACGAGCAACGGGUGAGCACAAAAAUCACGGUCAUGCUAUGCACACGUUAAAUAUUGGCUCUUUUUCUGUUCACAUUCAUUCUUCCUGCGAAUGGUAAUACGAAUAGAAGUCACCACAGUCGCAGUGACAACAGGAGGAGGUUGCGAUGAUUAAAAAAAAUACUGUGAUCAUGAGAAGGAAUUAGAUCUUGUCUUGUUUUUUCUUCACUUUGUGAAGGUUUUCGUGUAUAAUCUGUUCUGCAAUCAUAAGCAUAUCACAGCAGAAAAAAAGAAAAUAGCUGUUUUAGGAUGAGGGGUCAAAGGAGCAAGUUGUGAUGUAUGCAUGAAGCAAAUUGUAUUUGUAUCGGUCUUAUCAGUCUCUUUUCCAAUAAAAGAAAAAGUGUACCCUGUGUCAGUGUGUCAGGCCAAACAAUUAAUGGUUUUAUUUCAUAUUAUCGUCUACUUCUCUUUUUAGAAAGAAAAUUGGAUUCUAUCAUGCAGCGAAUGAGAGGCUAUUCGUCACCUCUCUGCAUGUCUUUGCAUUCCAUGGACUGAACACCCCAAGCAUGCUCUUCUCUAUGUCGGGGAGGUUAAAAGAGGCAGAAAUCCCGCAUGGUUCUCUCAACAGCUUGGCCCAUUUUGUGAUUCUCCUCAUGCUCCUCGAGAAGAAACCCAUGAGAGUAUAUAUUUCAGUGUUUAUGUUGUCCCACUGCCCAAGAUGAAAUAUUUUCAUUUUUUUUUUUAAUGUAAGAAAGAAAGUGUGGAUUCUUUCUUUCUCUGCAGUCUGCUAUCGAUCAAAGAUUUUCAUGACUUUUUUUUUUCUUUCUUUCACCUGCAUGUACACUUUUACAGGAAAAACAAGCUUACUUAAUUGGUAGCAAGACCCUUGGCAAAGAGCUUGGUGCCAAAGGCCAAAUGUACAAUAUCCAGAUGAAAGAGGUGCAAGAAAAGCCCAGAGAAGUAAUGCAGCAGCAGAGGUUGGUCGUUUGCCUUGACUUUUGAACAAGGUUGUGAUUUUUACAUGGUUGUCAAAUGUUACAUUCUAAAUAUUAAUUAAUCCAUGAUUACAGCAUUCAUCAUAUGACUACUAUUAAAGGAGACAUCAAAUUUUAUGGUUUAAUAUAUGACCCUAUCUCAUUUAUGGUCCAUUUGUUUCGAGCGCAGCUACUAUAAAACUUCAACAUAUUAUUUGAACUCUAUGCCCCUUUCCUAUCUUGUGGAUUCUGUCUGUGUUGGCUUUGUGUGAGAGCCCUAGAAAAUCAGUAUACCCACCAUAAUUGUACGUGUUAGAAUUAUCCCACGUUACGACAAGCUAAAUUCUGUGGUUAAUUAUUCAGGUCUACAUCAUCUCUUAUUGCGAUUGCCAUGACUACUGCUCCUAUGUUCUUGGUCUUUUAUUUCUAUCCAUGUUAUUCGUUCUUCUAUUUAUUUCUCUGCAAGUGAUGGCACCUUCUGGAUAAUCCCACAUUAAGGUAUAAGAAGUCAAAUUCAGGUGUAGUCCAUUCUUUAUUAACCAACAUGACAGAUACUAUUCCUAUCUUGGUCUUCCCUUUAUAUCGUAUUAGUCAUUCCUGAUAUUUUAUUUCUCUAUAACUGAUGAUGCAUGGUAGAAUAAUCCCACAUUUUCAGUGUAACAAAAAAAAAAGUCUGUGGCUGAAUAUCCAGGCCUACUCCGUUCCUUGUCGGUUGCCAUAACAACUAGUACUUGGUCUUCUCUUUAUAUCUAGUUGUUCUUUUCUUAUAUUUCAUGUCUCUGCAAGUAAUAGAUGCUAGAAAUCUUAGACAUUUGAAGUAUAGCAAGUUAUAUUCUGCCAUUGAUAUCGGUGUCCACUCCAUUUUGUAGCAAUCGUUGCCGUAUAUUGAUCUCUUUAUGUCUUAUUUUUGCAGGGGCCCGAACCCCCUGAUCGACCUGCAUGGGCUCCACGUGAAUGAAGCCAUCCACGUGCUGAAGCACGAGCUCAGCAUCCUGAGGAGGACUGCCAAGUCAGCUGGACGGCGUCUUCAAGUCAUGGUGUGUGUGGGGGUAGAGGGCCCAACCCGAAGUCCCCGCCCACAAAUGCGGCUCCCGGUCGUAGUGCAGCAGUACUUGCUGCAUGAGAACCUGCAGUUCUCUGAGGACCAGCCUGGUCUUCUCCGGGUUGUAAUAUGUUAG